AUGGCCUAUCAUGUCACUUUGAACUUGCCACAUGAUGUACGAUGCCUGUGGGGGCGAAGAUCGAUUGCAACACUGGUCUCUGUUAUGAACUGGCUUGUUAUUGCCGGUGAUAUCAUAGCAUUUGGGCCUCUCCCAAUCAAUACUACAUCAGAUGGCGGGUAUGCCAGUGAGAUACUUUACAUUGUCACCGUUGCCAUAUCACCAUGUAAGGUGUGCCAUUCCCGUCCUCAGAGUUAUACUUAUCCUGAAUUCUUAGUGGUAGCUGCUCUGCGCGUACAUGCCGUGAGCGGGGGCAACUGGCGCCUGGUGUUGCCGGUCUGGCUCCUCGGUAUGGUGCCCGUGGGCACUAACAUAGUGGGUACAUGGAGGAUCACAAAAUUCGUGCCACUAAACCAGGAUUAUCAAAGUGGGGCGCAACCCAACAUUACCUACUCAGAUGCCACAAGUAAUGCGUAUGUAGAUCUUAUUGACUCUGGCGGGUUCUACGCACUAAUUGAGCUUUGCAGGAUGGUUAUCAUCAGUCGAACAUCCAUCGUUGUCUCGGACAUUCUUGUGGUUGGAGCGACCUGGUACUACAUCAGCCACACGAGCUCUGUAAAGACACAGCUCGUGCGUGAAGUGUGGGAUGCGAGGCCUAAUCUCACAACUGUCAUGUUCCGAGAUGGCACAUUAUACUUCCUGAUGUCGAGCAUCUUGAUCUCCCGCUUCCUCAUCUGCAUCCGCGAAGCUGCGGAACGCUCAACACAGGCAUUCAGCUCCCAGUCUCUGUCGUUCAUCGAUUCGCAAGGCGACUCUAACCCACAACCAUGGCUCUCCAGUGCAGAGUUCGCCACCGAUAUCGCUAACCCCUCUGCAGGGGAUAACGGCCGCGCGGACGCUUUUUCGGAUCUUGAAGAUGACUUGGAUCCAAGAGAUGAUGCGGGCGAGGGAAGAGAUGGCGGAAUAGAACUAGAGGAGUACGCGGCCUCUGUCUGUUCUGUAGACGCACACACGCCCUGA